AUGCCUCCCAAUGGCACAGAGCUGACCUGCCGCGGCGUGAUUGAUGCCGCAGCCCCGAACAGCUUCGAGAAGAUGGCGGCUCACUUCACCGCCGCGCAGCAAGCUCUGGAGGCCGUUAAGAAAGGCCAGGUGAGCUUCGGCACCAAAUUUAGUGUCGUCGACGCUGCUAGGAAGUUCGCGGGAUGGCUGGGAAACCUAGGUACGAGGACGAUGCAGUCAUGAUAAGCAGGAAGAUGAGAUGCUCAUAAUUGUUCAGACCUCAAUCCGACUCGUCGUGUAUUCCUUUUGGAAGACCCAAAACAUGGGCAGUUAAAGCCCAUCACCGAGCGGAUCUGGGCGCCGCUGAUCGCCCUCCGGAACGAGUACCUGGAGUCGCAACACUCCGACGACGAUGUCAGUAUUUGAUCUUAGUUGCUUUGAGAGAGCGAAGCUGACGAUAAAACAGCAAACGUUGAUCGAGUCGAAUUGCUUGCCUCUCCGCGUCGAGCAGGCGCUGAAUGCGACCUGCGACGCCAUCAACAAGAUUCCAGGAGAGGGAGAGACUUGCGUGUGCAACCAGCACGCGGAUCGUCCACUGUUGGAGGGAUGGGAGGCUUUCACGGCCCGCCAGGAUUAG